AUGGGCAAGACAAACGAGUGUAUCACCGAUGAUAUUGAUACUUCUAUCAAUAAACAACAAGAGCUUGCUGAAUGCACGUAUAGCGGCGAGAAGCGAGCGUUACCUGCAGGAUGCUUGUUUGUUGCAAGUUUGGAUGCCACGAAAUCUAAAGAACAUCUUCAACAAAUCGUGGGUAAGCAUUUCUCGCAAUGGGGCCAACUUCUUUGUGUUAAAGUUCUCAGGGAUUGGGCAAAUCGUCCUUACUCGUUUGUACAAUAUGAGAAUGUCAAUGAUGCAGAUGUUGCCUUAAAAGAAGCUCAUGGCUCAUGGAUCGAAAAUCGACGAAUUAGGGUGGAGAAAGCCCGAGUAAAUAGGACCCUUUUUAUAACAAGGUUGCAUCCGAAUCGCGUUGAAGAGGAGAUUAGGAGCAUAUUCGAGCCAUUCGGUCCACUCGAAGAAAUCAAUGUACCAAAAAAUUUUGUUACGGGUCGUAAAAAGGGAGGCGGUUUUGUUAAAUUUUGUUAUAGGGACGAUGCUAUUAAUGCAUUUAACACUCUUCGUCAAACAAGCAAUUAUUUUCUCGAAUGGGUAGAAAAUCUCGAGAAACCUCUAUCUGAAGAAGAGGAAGAAGACAGACAUUCGAUAUACAUCGGAAACUUGAACGAAAAACUUGUAACGAAAAAAAUAUUAUACGAAAAAUUUGACCAGCAUGGAAAAAUUGAAGAUCUUCAUUUAGUCAACCGUGGCAAGAAACAAAGAAUACCAGCUUACGCAUUUAUCAAAUACAGCGAUGUGUUAUCAGCUGAGGCAGCCAUAAUUCACGAGGACAACAAGCCGUUUUUAGAACGUCAGAUCAAAGUUCAGAGACGCCUUACACAAGAGUAUCGAAAUUUUCAACUCGAACUCAACCGCCAACAUAACGAGAUGCGUUGGCGAUCAUUUGGAUAUUAUAAGAAUAUACAAUGUCCCAACCUUCUGACAGAUCAGCAGUCUUGUUCCUCUAUCUAUGCAGAAUCCGUUGGCAUACCUCCGCUAAUGUUCUAUAGUCCUAUGCCAAUGUUUCCACCUUAUUUCGGGGAGGUUUCGCCAACUUUACCAACUUUACCAACGCCACCGGGGAGUUUUAUGAUGACGUACGUACAGCAACAAUAG